AAGUCACUGGCCAGCACCAUGGACACAAGAGCGGUUGUCAAAGCUCUUGGGUACCUCAUCACAACAGUGGUCAACAUUCCGUCAAAUCUGACAGUCAUCUGUGCCUUCAUGCGUACUCUGCUGUGCGAGGGUAAGCUAAUGACCGCAGAUGUCAUCUUGUGUAACCUGGCCCUUGCCAAUCUGAUGGUGGCAUUCACCCGCAGCAUUCCACAGACCAUGGCUGCUUUUGGUUACAAGAACCUGUUUGAUGACAUUGGCUGCAAGUUGAGCAUCUACUGCUUCCGUAUUUUCAGAGGCCUCUCGAUUAGCCUGACGAGCCUGCUGAGCACCUACCAGGCUGUGCUCAUUUCGCCUGCCACUUCCAAGCUUGCCGAGCUCAAGAUGAAAAUCCCCAAGUAUCUUCCACAGAUUGUCUUCAUUCUUUUUGUUGUGUAUGCAGUGAACAGUGCGGAUGCCAUCAACAAUAUUGUGUCCUCAGUUUUCAACAACACCAUUCCACCAUACACUUACAAUAUGGAGUACUGCUUUUUCAUUACCGCUAAUUUCACUGCUUAUCUUGCUGUUGGGAUGUCCAAAUUACUCAUUGAUCUUGUUUUCAUAGUGGUAAUGAGCAUAAUGAGUGUCUAUAUCCUGGUAAUUCUGCACCAACACAGGAAAAAGGUCAAAAGCAUCCGAAGCUCAGACUCCAGCAAAUCAAAAACCUCUGCUGAAACCAAGGCCUCGCGGGCAGUGGUCACCUUGGUCAUCUUAUAUGAUAUCUUCUUUGGAGUGGACAAUGUCAUCUGGCUUUAUUCUCAGACAAUUAUAAGAGUGGCUCCAUUGCUUAUUGACAUCAGGAUCUUCUUUGCCACCCUUUAUGCUUCUGUUUGCCCCAUCGUGGUGAUCAUUACUAACCCCAAAGUUCAUGGGAAACUGCAACUCAUCAAGAUGGAGAAAGCCAUGCCUACACAGCAAAACCGAGGGACUGUGGCUGAAGUGUCUUAAAAUGUAUUUCAUCCUUUGAUAUGAAGGAGCUUUUGUAUAAUCUUACAUACUGUAAAUUGACAACUGUCCCUUAUUCAAGGAAGGCAAAGGUUCUCCAGAAGCCCUCACGACUGCCCACUUUCUUAAUCAUGUGGGUCAUUCCUGCCAGUAAUUCAAAUCCUUAAAUAAGUGAACUUGUUGUUUUCCUGCUUUCAUCAUUAUUGUGUAAAAUCAGAAAUACCCAAGUGCC